CUCCGCUCGGCAAUUCUGGGCAGGUGACCCACUUGGACGUGCUUGCCGCACAAUAAGCCACGUUCCCGAGUGCAGCCCACCCCUGCUUUGUCCGUGGCCCUUUUCCCGACCUCAUGGCUUCACUCCCAGAGGAGGAAGCAUCCGUGGUGCCCUUUGUGGGGCCCAGAGUCGGAGCCCCACGGCCCUGACCGGUGCUCACUAGCUAGCUAGACCUGAAGGUGGAUGCCACGUGGGCUGGUUUCUCUUGCUGGGACCUUCAGGCCUAAGUGUCAGUGGACUGUGGGGUGCUUUGGGGCCUUGUGCGAGGGAUUUCAGCUGCUGGCUUUGAUUAUCCGUGGUCGCUGCACUGGCGAAGCUCGGCUCCCAGGAACCUGCUCUGAGCAUGGUGAGGCCCAGAGAUGGUGCUGGGAGGGUUUGAUGGGCGCCUUCUAGCCCGAAGCACGGCAGCCGUCGCUGUCUUCCUGUCCACUUCUGAGGGCCCAAGUCUUCUGUGAGGAGGGUGUUCUCUCCAGAGAAAACUGAGGUUCCGAGGCUGAGUCACCUGCCCAGAAUUGCCGAGCCGAGACUCUGGUUCCGGUGGACGUCUUGGCUUCCCCGCGCCCCAGGGAAUCAGAGGGCCUCAUCAGAACCCUCCGCACUGUCUGGCCGUUGCCUCGUUUGUGACGUGAAGAAUAGCAGCCAAGUACCUGGCCCAGAUCAUUGUGAUGGGCGCCCAGGUGGUGGGCAAGGCCUUUGCACGGGCCCUGCGGCAGGAAUUUGCAGCCAGCCGGGCAGCAGCCGACGCCCGGGGCCGCGCCGGCCACCAGUCUGCAGCUGCUUCCAGCCUCUCGGGCCUGAGUCUCCAGGAGGCGCAGCAGAUCCUCAACGUCUCCAAGCUGAGCCCUGAGGAGAUCCAGAAGAACUACGAGCACCUGUUUAAGGUGAAUGACAAGUCCGUGGGCGGCUCCUUCUACCUGCAGUCCAAGGUGGUGCGUGCGAAGGAGCGCCUGGAUGAGGAGCUCAGGAUCCAGGCCCAGGAGGACAGAGAGAGAGGGCAGGCACCCAAAACGUGACGGCUCGACUCCCUGCACCGCCCCACCACCUCUAAUUUAUAGUUGGGUAAUAAACGUCUGUCCUGUG